AUGGCGCCGAUUUUGAAUAUCCACCAGAGUAACUCGCAAAGUUUUUCGAUCCGCGUCCGGCAGGAUGAGUCGUUCGAGAGUAUGAAGGAGCGCGUGGCGCAGCGUGUGGGUACGAAGGAUGUCUCGUCGAUCCAGUUCAAGUACCUGCACAACAAGGAGCCGUACAAGCUCGAGGAUGCAGAUGACUAUGAGAUCUUCCUGGAGCGCCAUGCAGACGCGUCGGACGUCGACGUGUACCUGGAUGUGCCGUAUGCGUCGGUCGACGCUGUACCGGCCGCCCCGCCGACGUCGUAUGUGGCGCCCUCGAUCAGCUACGCGGGCCUCGCGCCGCCCAAGUCAAGCAGCCCGAACGUGCCUGUGCUGAACGAGUCGACGCUCGUGACGCGCACGCCGGCUCGUGGCAAGACGGGCUCGGUCAGCAUCCACCGUGUGCAGCCGGCGGCCGUCCCGGGUGUGGAAGAGUUUGUUGAGGCAGGCGGCGUGAGUGGCGGUGGCCGUGACAGUCUGCUGUACCCGCCUGUGGGCGAGCCGUACACGCCUACGGCCGGUGCGCAGCCGACGCCGCGCACCAUGCCGACGACGUACGAGCCGCGUGCGCCGAGUGUGCGCACAAAGCGCACGACCGUCUCGCACAACACAGCUGCGUCGGCACCGAAGCACAAGAUGGCCUUUGAGGAGUUCCACUCGUCGCGUGGCGUGCGCCUGCUGCGUGGCAGCCUGGGCCCGGUCAACAAUGUGCCCAUGAUGCUCAAGGGCGGUUACCGCCACGUGUACGUGAGCCGCGGCUUUGCGCUGGACCACGGCUUCAUUCCCGCGGACACGCAGCCCGGCACGUACGGCUACAAUGGUAUUACGAACCUCGGCAAGUGGCCCGUGCAGGUCGGCAGCAAGGCCGUGCCUCUGACGGUCAUGCUCGCGGAAGACAGCUACUUCCCCGUGAUUCUCGGCCGCUCGUUCAUGGAGAAGCGCGGCGUGCGUACGGACCCUAUUGACAUGACGUCGGUCAUUUUUAUGGACAAUGGCGAGCGCGCCGAUGUCGAAGUCGUCGUGGUGCGGGACGAGCUCGGCCAGCCCGUCGCCAUUCCCUAA